AUGGCUGCUGCUGCUGCUCCUGCUUCUGCUGCUGCUGCUGCGCCUCUCCCUACCCCUGCUGAAUUCGAAGAUGUCGUUGCUGCGCUGCAGUCUACAGACAGCAGCAACAGACACAGGGCGCAGCAGCUGCUGCAGCGGCUGCAGCAGCAGCAAGAAGACUGCACGGCAUUCUGUCUUUCUAUAAUCGAAGCAACACCCGAUCCUGCUGCUGCUACGGUGGCUGCUGUCCUUCUCCGCAGCGCCGCGCUGUGGCACUGGAACGCUCGAAUUGCAGCAGCAGCAGCAGCAAAGAAGCGUCUGGCUGCUGCUCCUGCGGGUGAAGCAGCAGCAGCAGCAGGUCAAGCAGCAGCAGCAGCAGCAGAGGCCCUCCAGCUGUACGUACAGCGCAUGCAGCAGCUAAUGUCGAACUCUGUGCUGCUUUUGCAGCAAAAGGCAGCAGCAGGCAUCAAGGGCAGUGGGGAGCGGCAGCUGUCGCAUGCAUUUUGCUGCUUAGCUAAAAAGGGCUUAGCGACGGAGCCGUCGGUCUUCUUGAACUCCCUGAAGCAAAUUCUUAUGGAGGUGGUUGCGAAGGGUUUUGCUGAGCCUAUCCCUCUGUUCUGGAUGUCUCUGCUGUCAGAGACAGCGCAGGAGAUGCAGCUGCAGCAGCAGCAAGGGAUGCAUCUGUCUCUGCAGCAGCACGCUGCUUGCUGCCGCUCUUUCCAGCAGCAGCUGCUGCUGCCGCUCCUGGCGUUUGUGCUGCAGCGGCUGCAGUAUAUAUUAGACAACCCCACACCGCAAGGUGCAUGCAAAGAGGAGAUAGCUGGCAUCUUACAAGUGAUAGAGACAGUUUGCUCCUGGAGCUUUGGGCAUUUGCUGCUGAGGAUUUCGAGCGUAGAUGAAUUGUCUCUGACUCCUCCUGCAGAGUGGAUCCCUGUCUUCUUCCCUCAAGCAGCAGCAGCAGCAGCUGCUGCUGCUGCUGCUGCAGGGACUGGAGCAGCAGCAGGUGCUGCUGCUGCUCCUGGCCCAGGAGGACAUGCGCCGCCGCUUGUGUCUCCGCUGCAGCAGCAAGAGGGAUUGUUUGUUCUCGUGCUGCGUCUGUACAAAUUGCUGCGCGAAAUGCAGCAGCAGCAGCAGCAGCAAGAAGCGGAGCUGUUUGCAACCUGCCGCUACCUGCUGCAGCGAAUAGCAAAGUUUAGACCAAUAGCUAUGGCAGACGCGUUGCUGGCGGGGGAUACAGGAGGAGACACAGAGACAAACAGCAGCAGCAGCAACGAUGCAUCAGCAGCAACGCUUCCUCUUAAGAAGAGUUAUUCAGGCCCUGUAGGCCGUUCUAAGAAACAAAGAUUGACGCAGCUAGUGUAUAUACCUUUGCUGCAGGUGCUGCUCGAUCUUAUAGAGACUUCUGCCUUCUAUCAGCGCCUUCCGGGGCCCCCUGAGACCCCAGGGGGCCCCCAGGGGCCCCCAACAACCCCGCAGCAAACCCAGGGGCCCCCCCCGUCUUUGCCGGAACUAGAAGAGGUGCAGGACUUGUGCGCAGCUCUCGCAAAUGUUGCAGAUUGCAUUGAGGCGCUGCCAGAAAUCCUCUUCGCACAUUUAUCAUUCAGAGCCUCUCCUUUACUGGCUAGACUUGGCUUGGGGCUGCUUGCUGCUGCUGCAGGGCCCUCUGCUGAGGCCCCCGUAGCAGCAGAAGCACUGGCGCUGCUGCUGCGAGCUUGGAGCUCCUGGGCUUCGCGCUUGCUGCUUGCUGCAGACACCCCGCUGCUGCCGCCUGAGCAGCAGCAGCAGCAGCAAACUAGGCUAGCUGAUACACCAUGGUGGCAUGCCUUUAGGGAUGCGUCUGCGUUGCUAGUUGAGGCCUUCGUACACAAGGGUUUAAAUGCAUGCAGCCAGCGCGAGGAUGAAGGGGAGGCAGGAGAUGAAAAGAAAAGAAAAGGUGUUUUGUUUAGUGUACACGGAGGGUCUCAGUUAUAUGACUUAUUAAAAUCCUUAUCUCAAAUAGCAUUUGCUGCUCCUGCUAGGGCAAUAGCAGCAGCAGCAGCGCAGCAGCAGCAGCUGCUGCUGCUGCAGCAGCAGGCCAGAGAAGCCGUACUCGCAGCGGCAACACCCCCAACAGCAAACUUGCAACAAAUGAGGGCGCAGCUUGCUGCGCUGCAGCAGCAGCAGCAGCAGCAGCACUGGCUUCUGCUGUAUGUACAGCUACUCAUAGCAACUCAUCAGGGCCCUGAGGCCUUAGCAAACCAUCGCUUGGCUCCCCCAAAGCAAAUACUCCAAGACGAUGAAGCACAAACACAACUCUUGCGUCUACUUGCGGCAGUGUUCUCGUUACUUGAGGCGGAGACAGCUGCUUUGAAGGCAGCAGCAGCAGCAUCAGCAGCAGCAGCAGCAUCCGCUGCUGCUGCUGCAGCAACUCCACAGGAGAAGCAGCAGCAGCAGCAGCAACUGCUGCUGCUGCAGGCGCAGCAGCAGCUACCUUCUCCUGUUAUUUUAGAGGUUGGUUUAGGAGUAAUUUCUCUUGUAGCAAAAGCAUAUCUUUUUAAAGAGAGACUUGCAAGACCUCGAUUAGAAGAAUUGCUGCUGCCAGAAGGAGGCCUCAAAGUGCUGAAUGCAGGGGCCUCCAUUGCUGCCGACUGUCUCCUCGCAGCCCCACAACACCCCGCGCUAAGCGUUGCAUGCGCCCGCACUUUUAGGGUCUUCGCCGAUACCCGCAACCCGUGCUGCGCCUACCUAUGGGAGUGUGGGGCUUUCCAGUCCCUUCUUGAUGCUUGCUGCAGCUGCUGCGCUGGGUUGCUGCAGCCAGCAGCAACAGCAACAGCAGCAGCUGCUGCUGUUGCCUCUAGCAACCCGCCCUCUGCAGACAGCAACAGCAACAGCAGCAGCAACAGCAGCAUCAUAGCCCUGCGGCAGCUAUCCAGUCAAAGCUGCUCCAGUGUCUUUGCUGCUUUUGCUGCUGCUGCUGCUCCCUCAGAACAGUUGUGGGGCCUCGCGAAGAAGCACGUGGCCCAGCAGCAGCAGCAGCAGCAGCAGCAGCAGCAGCAGCAACAGCCGCCGUUCAUGCGAAGUGGAACUAUGCUCAGCGAUGAAGUUGCAACGGCACGAACAGCUGCUUUGCUGCAGCGCUGCAGCGUGGGCCUCGGAGUGCUGCAGGCAGCAGCAGCAGCAGCGGAGGCUGCGCAGCCUCUCCCUAUACAAGCGGUUCGGUGGGUGUUGAGUAUGUUGGGGGGUUUAGCCUCUGGUGCAGGGAAGGAAGGAGCGAGGAGACUGCUGCAGUGGAUGGGGCCGUCUCUUCGUUUUGCUUUUGCUGUUACGCGUGCUGCAGCAGCAAACCCUCAAGCGCUGUUAGAUGGCCUGAAGUUUGCUCGCCGCAUUGCUGCUGCUGGGGCUUGCUGCCUCACUACGGAAGAAGCGCAGGCGUUGCUGGAGGAAUACACCACAGUGCUGGCUGCCUUUGCGGCGACUCUGGACCGUCAGAUGAGCCCCGAAGAAGAAGAUGCAGCGCUAACCAAUGGCAUGCAAAUAUUUAAGUAA